AUGACUUCAGAAGUGGGUUCUCAAUCUAGGACACAGGCAUCCUGGCCUACUGACGUAUCCCAUUUGUUCCUAGAGUGUCUAAUAAAGCAACAUAAGAGUGGGAGGUCAGGAGACAAUGGUUUGAAGAAAGAACGAUGGGUGGAUAUUUCAAAAACCAUAAAAGAAUGUUGCAAGAUGACAUAUGAAGUGGAACAAUUAAGAAAUCAUUACAGAGUCUGGAAAGCAAGGAUUAAAGCAUUGAGUGACCUGCAAAAGCAGUGUGGGUUGGGAUGGAAUUCGGUGGACAACAGGUUCGAUGCACCCCAACAUGUUUGGAAUGAAUUUAAGGUAAUGCAUAUUUUCCUAUGCAUGAUUCAGUUCUCAGAGGUCAUAAUCUACUUUUGGAUGGGGAAUGAGAUUGCGACUGGGCAUGGUUCUUUUCACCCAUUUGAUUCACUUCAUGAUGAUAAUAUUGAUUCUGUGCCAGUUGAUGGUUUAGACAACAUGGACUUUGAUGUUUAUGAAGACAGUCAAGCCCAACCAAAUACCAGUGGAAUUCCAGUGGGAAGUAGCAAUCGUAGUGGUCGUAGGCCACGUUCAGAUGCCACAAGUGUAGAUUUUAACAAGAAAUGUGCUGCCAAAAGAUUUUUUCUGGACAACAAGACCUUAGCAAACAUAUUGAUGGAAGCAAAUGAAGAAGAAAGGAUGACGAUAUUGGACAUGUAUUUGCCAAUUUAA